AUGAAAAUCAAGAAGCUUUAUGCUGCUAUUAGGCCUCAAGUCCCUAAGGUUCCUUGGAAGAGAGUUAUUUGUCAUAACUUAGCAACUCCUAAAAGUGUUUUUAUCUUGUGGCUAACUUUGUGGAAUAGGCUUGUCACUAAGGAUAGGUUGCUCCAAUGGCACAUUUCUUGUGAUCCAAGGUGUUUCUUGUGUUUGAAUAACAAUGAAAGUGUUCAACACUUAUUCUUUGAUUGUGAAUACUCUAGACAGGUUUGGAACAAGGUGUUGGGUAUCUUACAUGUUUCCAAGCCUGUUCAGCAGUUUAGUGAUGAGAUUGAUUGGAUGAAGAAAAUCUGCAGAAGUUCCAGAUUGAAAAACAAAGUGAUCCAUGUGCCCUUUACUGAAACAGUUUAUGGUAUCUGGAUUCAGAGGAAUGCAGUUUUGUUUACUGGUUGUUGCAAAUCUGUUGAUGAUCUAGUUAGGGAUAUUGUCUUUCAUUCUGUCUGUAGAAUCCCGGCGGGAAGCAAAUAUUUGAUGUUUAGGAGCUUCUCCUUCUUUUUUGGUCUUCUGAUGCUGUUGCUGGUUCUUGGCGAUUUCUGGUUCCUAACUUUUGAGUUCUAG